UGAUUAUAAAUACGACGAUUGUUGGUGCUGACGGAUUAGUAUAUUACAAUUCCAAUUUAUUGAUCGGAAGGCUCGUAAAAAAUAAUUUAAAUCUAAGAAUAUGAAGGUAUUGGCUGGUUUAUUUGUUGUGUGCUGUGGCUGGGUUGUAAUAAAGGCGGCGAUGACUGAAGAGCAAAAGCAAACCUUUCAUAAACUAUUAAAGAAUUGCGCCGAAAAGGAAAAAGCUUCACAGGCCGACAUCGAUGACUUCAUAGCCACGAAACCAGCUGUUGAACCGCAAGCAAAGUGUUUCCGAGCUUGUUUGCACGAAACAUUUGGAUCGAUGAAAGACAAUAAAUUCAGUCGGGAGGGUUUCAUGGCAAUGAUGAACAUGAAAUUCGAAGGAGAUGCGGAAAAAAUGAAAAUUGCUAACGAAGUUGCUGAUACAUGCGCAAACGAGGAAGAUUCGGAUAGAUGUGAAGCAGGAGCAAAAAUAUGCAAAUGUCUGGGCGAAACCAGCCGUGCUAAAGGUCUGUUUGAUUAGAGCAGGCUCACCAAAUUUAUCAACAAGCUCAAAUAUAAUGCGAAAAUAGGCAGUCAAAAUACAGUUGUGUGAAAAGUCCUUUGUUUUGUUUGUCUUAUU